UGGCAACUACGUUACAACAGCUUACAACUAAUCGCAGUGAUAUGGGCAAUCCAGUUUAGCAUUGAUAAAAUCACGGUCAUAUCUCUUCGAUCUACUGGAAACAUACUCUAUACAAUUCAGAACAUUCAUAUGGACGUCUUAUGAGAGCAUCUGUCUAAUCUACCUAUGUUAGCUUGUCUGAAAAAAUGCCCGACUGUUCAGAUGACGUCCGCAAGCAAUUCAUCCUGACCACAACCGGGAACUUCUAUGCUCUGAAGCCGUCAUCUUCACUUGCCGACUCUCAGGAGCUCAGCAACUUUUUGGAUGAUGGCAACGAAUUCCUCCUUGCAGUCAGCAAACAUGGGAGUGACUUGCUCUUGUCAAAUAAGAUUGAGGCUGGGGACAGCAAUGAGAAGGUGCUGGUGUUUUUCAAGCUACGGCCCACUGUCAUAACAGCGGAGAACCUGCACCAGAACCUGCUGGUGUCAUCCAUGUUGGAGUCUCCCAUCAGCACUCUCUAUCAGGCAGUCAAGCAAGUCUUUGCCCCGGUUCUGCUCAAGGAUGAGCGGUGGAGCUCUGCCUUUGAUCCCAAACUGGCCGGUCUGCUGAACGAGCUGGAGCAGGGCCUGGGUUCGGUGGUUCGAGGCUCUCAGCACUCAGCCAAGAGGAGCAACCAGGAAGAGGAUGUGUUGGGGAUCCUUACCCCUGUGGAUGAGUUCCAGUACUGGGCUGAUCUCUGUGAGUCUGGAGAGAGGAGCAGUGUGAGAGAGAGAGCUGCACACUUCUCUGACCUCUUCAAACCCAUACAGAAGGAGUAUGCUGGUCUGGAGGGUGUGUCUCUAGCUGAUGCUGUAGAGCUGGUGGAGGUGAGCAGAGAAAUGCUGGAUGACCUUUGGAAGCAGACCGACCAUGACCCCUACCCAGAGGCCCGCAUGCUCAGACUCAUGGAUGUCAUUGGGGGAGCGCUGGGCAGGUACGUCCAGAAGAAACUGAGCAGUCUCAGGCUCUUUGAGGAGCCCUUCACCUCCGUGAGAGAGAGCCUGAGGAGCCUGAGGGUUGCCGUGGCGAUCUGUGAGCAGUGGGUGUCGGCCUGCGAGCACCUGACUGGACAGGUGUGGAAGAGGUACGCCCCUCAUCCCUGGAGGGGCGAGCAGCACCGGCCCCAGGCUCUCCACUGUCUGUCCCAGAGGCUGGAGGAGGUUGUGAGUCUGCGCACGGUGCAUGAGAAGAUGCUACGUCUGCUGCCAGCAGGAACCCAGCAGGCCCUCACCCCAGCUCGAGUGUUCCAGUCCUUCUCUGGCCUCAACCCACUACACUACAACCCCUACACUGAGCCUCUGUGGAGGGCGGCAGUGAGUCAGUUUGAGCGGGCUGUGGCCCCCGCCGAACAGGAAGUUGCGGACAGACUAAAGAGCUACAUCGCUGACGUACAAGAAAACCCACACCAGCUGCUGCAGGUGUUCCAGAAGCACAGAGAGCUGAUCCGACGGCCCAGCGUGAGCAGAGAGCUGCAGCCAGAGAGAGAGACCCUGCUGGCCAGACUGCUGGAGUACAACAAGGGACUGCGGACGGACUUUGAGAGCCGUUGCCAUGGCGCCCCGGGGGAGAAGUGUGGCCCGUUGGCAGGAAGGAACCUUCCAGAAGUGGUCAACAACAUCGUCUGGGUCCGCCAGAUCACGCACAAGGUGGAGGACUCCAUCAGGAUAGCACAAGCCCUGCUGUCUGACCUGUCUGGGUCGCGCUCCUUCCUGCGCUUCUGUGACGACCUGCUGGAGGUUCUGCGGUCCUACGAGCAGGAGCAGUUUGAGGACUGGUCCAGGGAUGUCCUCUCGGGUCUGUCUGACCCCAAGGCUGGCAUCAGUCUGCAGGCCAGCAGCCGGGUGAUGGAGCUGGACCACGUGGACGGCAAGCUGAAGAUCCAGUACUCGGAGAGGCUGCUGACUCUGCUCAGGGAGGUGAGGCAGCUGGCCGCCCUGGGCCUCGCCAUCCCAGCCAAGAUCCAGCAGGCCGCCAGCUCCGCUGACAAGUUCUACACCCAGGCCCUCAUCCUCAAACAGGUGGCCCACUUCUACAACACUAUUGACCAGCAGAUGAUUCCCUCCCAGAGACCCAUGAUGCUGAACCAUGCCCUGGCCUUCGAGCAGGUCAUCAAGCAGAACCCUCGUUCUCAGUCCAGAGAGUCCGGAGGGAAGCUCCACAUCACCUGGGACAACCCCAAAGAGCUGGAGGUGUACAUCGCCAAGCUGCAGUCUUCAGCAGAGAGACUCUCCACCGAGAACAGGAAGCUACGCAGGUGGCACACGGACUUCACAGAGAAGGUGGUGAGCCUGAUGAACGUGGACCUGCUGAGGCAGCAGCAGCGUUGGAAGGACAGCCUGCAGGAGCUACGCACCGGCUUCGCCACGCUGGAGGCCCAGGGGUUCAGUCCGGGGGACAUGCGUGCGUGGAAGCAGCACUGGAACCACCAGCUGUACAAGGCCUUGGAGCACCAGUACCAGACUGGUCUGGAAGCUCUCAACAAGAACCUGCCUGACAUCAACAUAGACCUCACAUUCAAACAGGGCCGCCUGCAGUUCCGACCCCCGUACGAGGAAGUGCGUGCACGCUACUUCCGGGAGAUGAAGCGCUUCAUCUCCAUCCCCAGCCAGUUCAAGGGGGUCAGCGCCCAGGGCGAGGAGCUCAUCUUCGGGGUGAUGAUCGACAGGAACGCCAGGGGCUUCCUCACCAUCUUCGGCAAGGCCGAGGAGCUCUUCGCCGGACUGCUGGCCGUGCAAGACAAGUUCAAGGAGUGGGUGGUACUGGGCCAGGUGGACAUAGAGGCCCUCGUGGAGAAGCACCUCCACUCAGUGCAGGACUGGGAGAGGAACUUCAAGGCCCUGAAAGCCAGGGGGAAGGAGUCAGAACGCCUUCCUAGUGUGGAGAAGGUGGACUGUAUCACGGUCAACUGUGAGCCAGUGAAGGCUGUGAUAGAUGACCUCAUCCAGAGUCUGUUUGACGCUCUGCUGAUGUCACUCAGGAAGUCCAUACAAGGCCACACCCAGGACAUCGACAGCUUUGUGAGCGAGGCCAUGGAGGCUCUCUCCACCAGGCCCGAGAGCAUCCAGGAGAUCGGGGAGGCUAACGCCAGACACAGCCUCGUUCAGGCCCGCAAGCCCGACAUCCUGCCGCUGUUUCAGGCUGCGGAGGAGAAGAACCGUCUGCUGCGGGCAGUAGCAGGAGGAGGUCUGGACUCCCUCUCCACCCUGAAGGCCAGGUGGGACAAACUGGAGCUGGUCAUGGAGAGCCACCAACUCAUGAUCAGAGAACAGGUGGAGGUGAUGAGGAGUAAUGCUGAGAGCCGUAUCCAGGCGUACAGGCUGGAGCUGGAGAGGUUCAGGGCCCGCUGGGACCAGCUGAAGCCCAGGGACGAGGCGCUGGAGACGGGCGACCACGCCGCCCUGCUGGCCUGUGUCCAGACCAUCCAGGACAAGAAGCAAGAGUUCCAGGAGCUGGAGCUCACCCGCACUCGUCUGCUUGAGGACUGUCGUCACUUUGACGUGAAGACCCCAGACCUGUCCCUGGCCCAGGAGAUCCUGCAGGACAUGGAGCAGUGCUCCAGCAUGUGGUCCCUGUACGAGGAGUGGCACCAGGGCUUCCAGGAGAAGGCCCAGGAGGACUGGAUCACCUUCAGGAGUAGGACAUACCUGUUUGAGGAGUUUCUCUUCAUGUGGCAGGACCGACUGAGGAAGCUGGAGCAACACACCAGCAUGUCUGUCAAACUGCAGGGAGAGGUGGACAAGUACAAGAGUGUGAUCCCGGUGCUGAAGUACGUGCGUGGGGAGCACCUCUCCCAGGACCACUGGCUGGACCUGUUCAGACUGCUGGGCCUGCCCAGAGGAACCACCCUGGAGAGACUCACCUUCUCAGACCUGCUCAGCGUGGCCAGCACCAUCACUGACAAGGCCCUGGAGCUCAAGGACCUGAACAGCCGGGCCCAGGCUGAGGUGACCAUCAGGGAGGCUCUGAGAGAGCUGGACCUGUGGGGGGCUGGAGCCGCCUUCACCCUUACUGAGUACACAGACAGCAGCACACACACUCUCACUCUCAUCAAGGACUGGAAGGACAUUGUCAAUCAGGUUGGAGAUAACAGAUGCCUGCUGCAGUCUCUCAAAGACUCUCCAUACUACAAGGGCUUCCAGGACAAGGUGAGUCUGUGGGAGGUGCGUUUGUCUGACCUGGAUGAGUACCUGGUCAACCUGAACGCCAUCCAGAGGAGGUGGGUGUACCUGGAGCCCAUCUUCGGACGAGGGGCGCUGCCCCGCGAGCAGGCCCGCUUCAAACGCGUCGACGAGGACUUCAGGUCCAUCAUGGCUGAUGUUCACAGAGACAGCAGAGUGGUGUCUCUGUGUUCUCGAGCUGGGGUCAGGAACUCCCUGGGCUCCAUUCUAGACCAGCUACAGCGCUGCCAGAAAUCACUCAACGAGUUCCUGGAAGAGAAGCGUUCUGCGUUCCCCAGGUUCUACUUCAUAGGGGAUGACGACCUGCUGGAGAUCCUGGGUCAGGCCACCAACCCAACUGUCAUACAGUCUCACCUCAAGAAGCUCUUCGCUGGGAUCAACUGUGUGGAGUUUGACGAGCAGGGCCAGCACAUGGUGGCCAUGCGCUCUCUGGAGGGAGAGGUGGUGCCUCUCCGGAACCUCAUCCGCAUCUCCAGCCACGUGGAGGUGUGGCUGAGCGAGCUGGCGUCUGAGAUGAAGAACACUCUGAAGCACCUGCUGUUUGAGUGCGUGUCUGCGGGGAAGAAGGGGGCGGUGGACCCCUCACGCUACCCCUCCCAGAUCCUGUGCCUGGCUGAGCAGAUCCAAUUCACUGAGGAUGUGGAGAGGGCUCUGAGGCAGCAGAGUCUGCAGCAGCUGGAGCUGGAGCUGGCUGCCAAGCUGGAACACUACACCAGCGUGGACACCAGCUCAGAGGACGCCACUAACACAGAAGCCAGCGUGUUGCAGCUGAAGCUGAAGGCCCUGAUCCUGGACGUGAUCCACAACAUCAGCGUGGUGAGGGAGCUGGGCCGGGCCGGGGUGAGCAGCCCUGAGGCCUGGGCCUGGAAGAGGCAGCUACGCUUCUACCUGGGCCAGGACAAACACUGCCUCCUCCACAUGGUGGAGGCCUCCUUCAGCUACACCUACGAGUACCAGGGGAAUGCAGCUAAGCUGGUGCACACCCCCCUGACAGACAAGUGUUACCUGACCCUGACCCAGGCCAUGAACAUGGGCCUGGGGGGCAACCCCUACGGGCCCGCCGGCACGGGCAAGACCGAGUCUGUCAAAGCCCUGGGGGGUCUCUUCGGACGACAAGUACUGGUCUUCAACUGUGACGAGGGGAUCGAUGUGAAGUCCAUGGGCCGUAUCUUCGUGGGGCUGGUGAAGUGCGGCGCGUGGGGCUGCUUCGAUGAGUUCAACCGCCUGGAGGAGGCGGUGCUCUCAGCAGUGUCCAUGCAGAUCCAGGCCAUCCAGAACUCCCUGAAGAACCACACACACAGCUGUGAACUGCUGGGCAAGGAGGUGGAGCUGGACCCUAACUCGGGGGUGUUCAUCACCCUGAACCCAGCAGGAAAGGGCUACGGGGGCAGACAGAAGCUUCCGGACAACCUGAAGCAGCUCUUCCGUCCCGUGGCCAUGAGCCGGCCGGACAACGAGCUCAUCGCAGAGGUCAUCCUCUACUCCGAGGGCUUCAAGGAGGGGAAGAUCCUGGGGUGCAAGCUGGUCGCCAUCUUUAACCUGUCCAGGGAGCUGCUGACCCCCCAGCAGCACUAUGACUGGGGUCUGAGGGCUCUGAAGACGGUGCUGAGAGGCUGUGGGAGCCUGCUGCUGCAGCACAAGAGGAGCCAGGCGGUGGACAAGAUCAGGGAGAGCGGGCUGGUGGUGCAGGCCCUGAGGCUCAACACCAUGUCCAAGCUGACGUUCGCCGACAGCUCCCGGUUCGACGCCCUGGUGCGGGACGUGUUCUCCGGGGUGGACUUCACCGACGUGGAGGACCAGGCCCUCACCUCCGCCCUGCGGGAAGCCUACCAGGACGCUCGCCUGGAGCUCAUCCCCAGCCAGAUGAAGAAGGCUGUGGAGCUGUCGGAGCAGCUGAGGCAGAGGAUGGGUGUGGUCGUCGUGGGGCCCAGCGGAGCCGGCAAGUCCACACUCUGGAGGAUGCUGAGGGCUGCCCUGGGCAAGAUGGGCAAGGUGGUGAAGCAGUACACGGUGAACCCCAAGGCCAUGCCCAGGCAGCAGCUGCUGGGGCACAUAGAUAUGGACACCCGGGAGUGGGCGGAUGGGGUGCUCACGCACAGCGCCAGGCAGGUGGUCCGGGAGCCCCAGGAGGUGAGCUCGUGGAUCGUGUGUGACGGGGACAUAGAUCCAGAGUGGAUAGAGAGUCUGAACUCUGUCCUGGACGACAACCGCCUGCUCACCAUGCCCAGCGGGGAGCGCAUCCAGUUUGGACCCAACGUCAACUUCCUGUUUGAGACGCACGACCUCAGCUGCGCCUCACCAGCCACCAUAUCCCGCAUGGGCAUGAUCUUCCUCAGCGACGAGGACACAGACGUGAGUGCGUUGGUGAAGUCGUGGCUGAGUGGUCAGCCUGAGCAGAGCUGCAGCAGUCUGGACAGCUGGCUGGGAGACUACUUCCACAGAGCCCUGGACUGGGUCCUCAAACAGAAUGACUUUGUGGUGGAGACCAGCCUGGUGGGCACAGUGCUGAACGGCCUGUCCCACCUGAGCGGGGUGACGGAGAGAGGCCAGUUCCUGGUGGGCCUCAUCAGAGGCCUGGGAGGAAACCUCCACCUGAAGGCCAGGCAGGAGCUCUCCAAGGAGGUGCUGAGCUGGGCCAGAGAGAGCCCUCCAGACCCCAGGAAGCCCCUGGACACCUUCUACCACGCUGAGUCAGGCCGCCUGUGUGCCUACACCCUGCAGCGGCCCGAGGGCCUGAGCCUGGACGAGCUGGCUCACACACACACCCUCCCCGUCAUCCAGACCCCCGACAUGCAGCGCGCCCUGCACUGCUUCACACACUGGCUCUGCGCUCCACACAGACAGCCUUUCAUACUGGUGGGACCGGAGGGCUGCGGCAAGGGCAUGCUCCUGCGCUACGCCUUCUCUCGGCUGCGCUCCACCCAGGUGGCGGUGGUCCACUGCAGCGCCCAGACGUCGUCCCGACACGUGCUGCAGAAGCUGGUUCAGACCUGCCUCCUGCUCAGCUCCAACACAGGCCGGGCCUACCGGCCCAAGGACUGUGAGAGCCUGGUGCUCUACCUCAAGGACAUCAACCUGCCCAAGCCAGACAAGUGGGGCACCAGCAACAUCAUAGCCUUCCUGCAGCAGGUGUUGACGUACCAGGGCUUCUAUGAUGAGAACCUGGAGUGGGUGGGUCUGGAGAACAUCCAGGUGGUAGCCUCCAUGUCAGCAGGUGGCACUGUGGGGCGACACCAACUCACCACCCGCUUUACCUCCAUCGUACGCAUCUGCACCAUCGAUUACCCGGACAAGGAGCAGCUCCAGACCAUCUACUCCGCCUACCUGCAGCCUGUCCUCCAGCACAGCCUGGGCACCCAGGCUCCCUGGGCCAGUGCAGGCAAGGCCCGCCAGCUGGCUGGGUCCCUGGUGCAGCUCUACCAGCAGGUGAAGGCUAAGUUCACAGUGGACGACUACAGUCACUACCUGUUCACUCCCUGUGUCCUCACUCAGUGGGUCCUCAGCCUGCUCCGAUACGACCUGACCCCAGACAGUGUGCUGGAGGUGGUGUGCCACGAGGCCAGGAGGCUGUUCAGAGACAGGCUGGCCUGCACCAAAGACCUGAACGCCUUCGACAACAUCCUGUCCUCCGUCAUGCGGGGAGACUGGGGGGCUGACGCCCUCGACAACCCCAAGGAAGGGUUCUAUGUGACGUGGGGGGCGUCUGAAGGGGGGGUGAUGGCGUCCGGCCAGCCCCUGCCCCCCCACGGCAAAGCCCUGGGCCACCUGAACUCAGGUGACCUCCAGCAGGUCAUUCAGAAGGGCGUGGUCCAGUACGGUCGUGAUAACAGGGAGCUGGACCUGCUGCUGUUCUGGGAGGUGUGUGACUUUGUGUCCCGCGUGGACCGUGUGCUGAGCAGGCCCAGGGGCUCUCUGCUCCUGGCCGGCCGCAGCGGCGUGGGCCGGCGCACUGCCACCUGCCUGGUCGCUCACAUGCACGGGUACACACUCUACACACCCAAGAUCUCCCGGGGAUACACACUGAAGCACUUCAACAACGACCUGAAGAGUGUGAUGCAGCUGGCUGGUCUGGAGGGUCAGCAGGUGGUUCUGUUGCUGGAAGAUUACCAGUUUGUCCACCCUUCCUUCCUAGAGAUGGUCAACAGCCUGCUGUCCUCAGGUGAGGUUCCUGGUCUGUACUCUCCAGAGGAACUGGAGCCCCUCCUCUCCUCCCUCAAAGACUCCGCCUCCCAAGACGGCUUCACCGGACCCCUCUACAACUACUUCUCCUACAGGAUUCAGCAGAACCUACACAUAGUAUUAAUUAUGGACUGCACCAACACUAACUUCACCAUCAACUGUGAGAGUAACCCUGCCCUGUACCGCCAGUGCUCUGUGCAGUGGAUGGAGGGAUGGUCUGAGAGCAGCAUGAAGAAGAUACCUGAGCUGCUGUUGGCCAGGCUGGAGGGGGAGGGGGAGAGGAGCGGAGGAGAGAGAGGCCGCAGGAAGAAGCCUUCAGUGUCGGGUCAGGGUGACCUGUGCAGCUCCUUCUUGGCAGUGCAUGAGUCGUGCCGGGAGCAGGGGGCCACGCCCAGCCAGUACCUGGCAUUCCUGCACAUCUACACCUCCAUCUACAGCAGCAAGCAGAGCCAGCUCACACUGAGACAGCAGCACCUGCAGGCGGGCGUGUCCAAGCUGAAUGAGGCGAAGGCAUUGGUUGAUGAGUUGAAGAGGCGGGCCGCGGAGCAGAGCACACUGUUAAAGACCAAACAACAGGAGGCUGACUCUGCCCUGCAGGAGAUCACCACCUCUAUGCAGAACGCCAGCGACCAGAAGAGCGAGAUGGAGAGGAUCCAGGGGAAGAUCUCUCACGAGGUCUCCAAGAUCGAGGAGAGGAAGGCCAAGAUCGACGACGAGCUCAAGGAAGUGCAGCCCCUGGUAGACGAGGCCAAGCGUGCCGUGGGGAACAUCAAGCCCGAGUCUCUGUCGGAGAUCCGCUCGCUGCGCAUGCCCCCGGACGUGAUCCGGGACAUCCUGGAGGGGGUGCUGCGCCUCAUGGGGAUCUUCGACACCUCCUGGGUCAGCAUGAAGAGCUUCCUGGCUAAGAGGGGGGUGAGGGAGGACAUCUCCACCUUUGAGGCCAGGAACAUACCUCAGGAGAUCCGCCUGAGUGUGGAGGAGCUGCUGCACAGGAACAAGGCCUCCUUUGAUCCCAAGAACGCCAAGCGUGCCAGUGCAGCGGCCGCUCCCCUGGCAGCCUGGGUCAAGGCCAACGUCCAGUACUCACAUGUCCUGGAGAGGAUCCAGCCUCUGGAGAGGGAGCAGGCCGGCCUGCUGGAGAACCUUCAGAAGACAGAGAGCAGGAAGAGCAAGCUGGAGGAGCAGCUCAGUUCGGUGGGAGAGAAAGUGAACGAGCUGAAAGAGAAGUUUCAGUGUCGUACAACCGAGGCAGCUAAGCUGGAGGCCGAGGUCAGUAAGGCUCAAGAGACCAUCCAGGCUGCCGAGCUGCUCAUUCACCAACUGGAUGGGGAACACACACGCUGGAACGCACAGGUGGCUGAGAUCACAGAGGAGCUGGAUACUCUGCCGAUGAGAGGCCUGCUGGCUGCAGCCUUCAUCACCUACCUCUCUGCUGCCCCGGAGGACCACAGGAGACACUGCCUGGAGACCUGGCUGCAGAGCUCUGGACUGCAGAAGUUUGACCUGCGGUCCUUCCUGUGCUCUGAGAGUGAGCAGCUGGUCUGGAAGAGUGAAGGCCUGCCGUCAGAUGAGCUGUCUAUGGAGAACGCCCUGGUCAUCCUGCAGAGAGCGCUCAGGUUCAUGUGCCAUCGCUGUGUGGUCUCAGGAGGUCCAGAGAGCUCAUUAACACCUGGAACCCCCGUCUGA